AUGGAGUCAGCAUUAAAUAGAAUUAAUAUUAUUUCAAAUCAAAUAGUUGUUGAUAAUAAUAAAGCAACAUUUUUAGAAAUAAAUAAUACUUCAUCAUCUUCAGAGGAUAAAUAUAAAUUUGAAACGAUUUUAAUAGAAAUUAAAGAUGAAUCAAUUGCAUUAGUUACAUUAAAUAGACCAAAAGCAUUAAAUUCAUUCAAUUAUCAAAUGAGUAAAGAGUUAUUGGAUUGUUGUAGAUUAUUAGAUAAGGAUGAAAGAGUAAAAUGUAUAGUGUUAACAGGAAGUGGUACAAGAUCAUUUGCAUGUGGUGCUGAUAUUAAGGAGAUGGUUAGUCACGAUAUGGUAUACAUGAUGAAGAAGGGUCAGUUAAUAGACAACCUUUGCGAUUUAAAAGAGAUUGAAAAGCCAAUUAUAGCCGCCGUCAAUGGGUAUGCAUUGGGUGGUGGCUGUGAAGUUGCGAUGAUCUGUGACAUUAUUGUCGCUGCUGAGAAUGCGGUAUUUGGUCAACCUGAAACUAAAAUUGGUACAAUUCCAGGUGCCGGUGGUACACAACGUUUAAUUCGUGCUGUUGGUAAGUCCAAAGCAAUGGAAAUGAUACUCACUGGUAAUCCAAUAGACGCUAAACAAGCAUUACAAUUUGGUUUGGUUAGUUGUGUAGUACCAAUUGAUAAAACCAUAGAAACCGCAUUAAAAAUUGCAAAACAAAUCUCUUCACUAUCUCCAAUCGUUAUAAAAUUAGCGAAGGAAACUGUUAACCAUGCUCAAGAGUCAAAUUUAACUGAAGGUUUACAUAUUGAACGUCGUGUUUUUCAUUCUACUUUUGCACUCAAUGAUCGUCAUCAAGGAAUGGAUUCUUUUGCAAAUAAAAGAAACCCAACUUGGACAAAUAAAUAA